AUGUGGGAAAUGCUUGACGAGAUUGAGCAGGCUUUUGUAACAGUUUUGGAGGACCUUUGGAGGGAACCUCCUCAUUUAGAUACUAAAAAAUCUUUGGGGGACCCCUCCCUUGUUCGAACUGCAUUGGAGAUGGCCAAGAAUAAUAAUGCGAUGAAAGCUUUCAAGAAGGCAAGAAAGGCUGCUGCCGCUCAGAACAUCUCGGCCAAGACGGAUGGGGAAGGGUCUUCUCAGGUGACGUCAAAAUCGUCCGUGCCGAGCUCUCCCGGCCCGAGGAGAAUGAUCCCUACUCCUCGAGUCCGUGUAGUGGAUCCUCCGCAAUCUUCUGCUGCUGCUGCAUCUUCUCCUCCGGUCGUUCCCCCUUCCAAAAGACCUCGAACUGUUGAACCCUUCAAUCUGGAUGCCCCUGAUUUUGACACUGAUGGCAAGAUUGUCCCUGACGAUUCUGAUGACGAUGUUGUUGAACCCCCUGUGCCUACCGCUAAGAUUUCAGCUGGGCCGACUUCUUCGGCUCCUUCGUCCAAGACUGGUCAUUCUGAAUUGGAACCGGAUUGUCAGAUUUUGAACAGAGAUGACGGGACAAUGGACGCAGUGCCUCUUCAGACUCGCCCUCCUUCGCCUCGUGCUGCUGAGAAGACUUUGGAUCCUCAAUGA